AGGAGAACGAUGGCGAGCCGCCGAAUGAGGAGGCGGUGCCUGCGCUGGCGCUCGCUGCCGACCUCCAGGCGGCCGAGGGCGCAUCGGCCGAGGGGCCUGCCAGCCCGCAGGCUGGCGCGGCAGCGCCUGCAGGUCCUGGCUCCCCAGACCUGUCCGACGCCGCGGCGCCCAGCCCGCAACGACGGCCCGAGAGGGCGCCGAUGUGGGUGUGCCCCAUCAGCGAGCAGCUCAGGCUGGGUCGCCUCACUGCCUUCGAGGAGCUGAGGGAGAGGGAUGUCCUUGUUGACAACCUUGGGCUGAAGGCAGACCUGAAGAGGGGCGUCGUUUUCUUUAGCCACGUGUGGCUUGGCCGCAGCCACCCGGACCCGCAGAACGUGAAGUACGACCUGAUGUGCGAGGUCUUGGAGAGGGCGCAGGCGGGCCUGCUCGACUUCCAGAUGGGUUUCGAAGAGGAACUGACGGCCGGCUGGAGCAGCCUGCGUGCGAAGGACGUGCAGGAGAUGCUCCGCGAGGGCUACGUCUGGCUCGACUACCAGAGCGUUCCGCAGCAGGACCCGAGCGCGCAGCAGGCGUACAUCGACGGCCUCCUGCUGUACGUGCGCCACUGCACCCUGUUCGUGGCUCUCGCGCCGCCGGCGCUGCACCAGGAGACCCGCGAGCUCGUCGACAUCCGCGCCUGGUCCGCGCGGGGCUGGUGCAGGGCGGAGCUGCUCUGCAACGUCCUGUCGGACGACCCCGCGCCCAUGCUGACGGUCGAGUCGCUUGUCUCCCGGCGGAUAUCCACCGCGCGGGACUUCAUCAUGCACCCUGUGGGCAGUGGGCACUUCACCUACGAAGCCGAUAGGGCGCGCAUCAGCGGCAUGAUGAACCAGCUGGUUGGGCUCAGGAUCUCCACCCUCAGGAAGCUCGGCAGCAUCUUCGCACUGCGCUGGCUGCUCACCUUCCAGACGCGGCUGCUGGGCGACCUUGCGAUCAACACCACGGAGGACUCGGACAUGGCCGCGUGGCUGGAGUGCAUGGGAUUCAGUUCUCCGGUGGACCAGGCGGACACUGGCUGGACGCCGCUGAGGUACGCCGCAUAUGCGGGCCGGCUGGACCUGGCGAGGAAGAUGAUAGAGCUUGGCGCGGACGUCGAGGCGCCCCUGGCGCAGGACUGCUCUCGGGCCGCCCUCUUCCACGGCAGGGGCAUGACCAUCCUGCAGGGCGUGGCGAUGGCGUGCGACUCGCCCGAGGCGGUGCGACUCCUGGUCGAGGCGAGGGCCCAGGUGAACGGCACGUGGAGCGGCGGCUGCUCCGCGCUGUUCGCGGCCGCCUUCGGCGGCAGGGCGGACAGCCUCGGCGCCCUGCUGGACGCCCGUGCCGACCCGCUGCUCAGGGACGGCGCCGGGGGCAACCUCCUGCACGCCGCUUGCGCGCACGGCGGCGCACGCCUGCUCGAGGUGCUCCAGGCGAGAUGCCCGCAGCUGCCGGCGCAGCUCGCCGAGGCGGAGGGCGUCGGCUUCGGCUACCUGGCCCCGGGUCUCAUGCUGGACCGCGGCGGGGCGGAGGCCCUGCAGGUGGCCCUGCAGCUCGGCGCCGACCCGAACCACAGGACCACGCCGCGGGCGGCGUGGCUCCAGGCGCUCGUGCGGAGGGCCCAGGCGGCGUGCUUCGUGUCCGGCAGGCCGACGCACCUGGACGCGUGGGCCGCCAAUGCGCCCGGCAUGACGCCCCUGCUCUGGGCCAGCUACUUCGGCAACCUGCCCGCCGCGAGGCUGCUGCUGGAGCACAAGGCGGACGCCUCCGCAGCCAACGAGUACGGCAGGUCGGCGCUGGUGCUGGCCGCGAUGAACGGCCACCGGGCGCUGUGCGAGUGCCUGCUGGAGGCCGGGGCCCCCGCGGGGUCGCGGGACGUCUGGGGCAGGAGCGCGGAGGCCUGGGCCCGCCUGCGGGGGGACGCCCAGCUGGAGCGCACGCUCUCGGCGCCGCGCCCGUAGAGGGGCAGGCGCCGGGGGCCCCGCCGAGAGCCUCAGAGGCGGGGCGCGCUCGUGCGGGCGAGGAGGAGGCCCAGGGCGGCGUCGAGCGCGUGCGGGCCGAGCCGGGGCGGCGGGAGGGCACCCUUCCGCCUGGCCGACUAGGCGAAGAUUAGCUAGCCUGCUCCCUCUCCCUGUUCCCUUGUGGCUACAGCGGAACCACACGAGUGCGCAGGCUCCUGGACGCACCCCCACACCCCCAAUCUAUCCUCGCUCCCUUCCCCUCUCCUCCUCUGCCUGGCGAGAGGGCCCCUGGGGCGCGUGGCGCCAGAGUUGUAGGCCAGCGGCCGCUCCCGGCGUGGCCAAAGUGCCGCGCGACCGGAAACCAAGUCGAGCCCCGCCACCCUCGGCGCCACCAC